UGAGGAGGACAUGAUGUGAUCCGAUUCCUGAUUCAUUUCAGACCUCCAGGAGCGAAGAUGGACGAAAUGAAAUUGAUGUAAAGCUCAGCAGCAGCAGCAGCAUUGAGGCCUGCGCAUUCUGUGCGUAUUUACAGUGCGGCACUUUCUUCAGAUCAGAGCUCCUACAAAAAGGGUUCAAGACGGACGGCGUGGUGGAACACCGAGCCAAAAACCGGGCCAACAUGCGGGAGAGGGACUUCAUGCCCAACAUGGAGCGAGGGAAGCCGGCCACCUAUACGGGAGACAAGAAGGCAAAGAUGGCUGCGAAGACCAACAAGAAGUGGGUUCGACUGGCAACCGUGUUCGCCUACGUGCUGUCGGUGUCGCUGGCUGCCAUCAUCCUGGCUAUUUAUUACAGCCUUAUAUGGAAACCGACUCUGGCAUCUGGUGGGAGACCAGAAGCUACAAAUGCGCCUAUAACCAGCAACAACGUUUCAACCGGCGUUAAUGGCAGCAGCGCUAAUAUCACACAAGCUGGUAACGGUACAGGCGCAAAUCUUACGCAAAUGGACUUUCCAUUCAAUGCGACCGGAGCUGGAAAUAACAGCGCAGUGGAGCAGUCACUGGACCGCAUCAUGUCUUAUGGAUUCACCCCUGCCAGGGACAACAUGGAUCAGGACAAGUAUGAACAUUAUGGAUAUGAUCAAAAUACACAAAACCCAAAGAGAAGAAACAGUAAGUCUGUACAAGAGGAGCAAACAGGACAAGAAGAACCUACAAGAGCUUAAAGCAUCACAUACUAGCUUACAGCACUAAAAAGUAUGGUAAACAAUAGGGUGAUA